CCCCCCACCCCCCCCCCCCCCCCCCCCCCCCCCCCCCCCCCCCCCCCCCCCCCCCCCCCCCCCCCCCCCCCCCCCCCCCCCCCCCCCCCCCCCCCCCCCCCCCCCCCCCCCCCCCCCCCCCCCCCCCCCCCCCCCCCCCCCCCCCCCCCCCCCCCCCCCCCCCCCCCCCCCCCCCCCCCCCCCCCCCCCCCCCCCCCCCCCCCCCCCCCCCCCCCCCCCCCCCCCCCCCCCCCCCCCCCCCCCCCCCCCCCCCCCCCCCCCCCCCCCCCCCCCCCCCCCCCCCCCCCCCCCCCCCCCCCCCCCCCCCCCCCCCCCCCCCCCCCCCCCCCCCCCCCACCCCCCCCCCCCCCCCCCCCCCCCCCCCCCCCCCCCCCCCCCCCCCCCCCCCCCCCCCCCCCCCCCCCCCCCCCCCCACCCCCCCCCCCCCCCCCCCCCCCCCCCCCCCCCCCCCCCCCCCCCCCCCCCCCACCCCCCCCCCCCCCCCCCCCCCCCCCCCCCCCCCCCCCCCCCCCCCCCCCCCCCCCCCCCCCCCCCCCCCCCCCCCCCCCCCCCCCCCCCCCCCCCCCACCCCCCCCCCCCCCCCCCCCCCCCCCCCCCCCCCCCCCCCCCCCCCCCCCCCCCCCCCCCCCCCCCCCCCCCCCCCCCCCCCCCCCCCCCCCCCCCCCCCCCCCCCCCCCCCCCCCCCCCCCCCCCCCCCCCCCCCCCCCCCCCCCCCCCCCCCCCCCCCCCCCCCCCCCCCCCCCCCCCCCCCCCCCCCCCCCCCCCCCCCCCCCCCCCCCCCCCCCCCCACCCCCCCCCCCCCCCCCCCCCCCCCCCCCCCCCACCCCCCCCCCCCCCCCCCCCCCCCCCCCCCCCCCCCCCCCCCCCCCCCCCCCCCCCCCCCCCCCCCCCCCCCCCCCCCCCCCCCCCCCCCCCCCCCCCCCCCCCCCCCCCCCCCCCCCCCCCCCCCCCCCCCCCCCCCCCCCCCCCCCCCCCCCCCCCCCCCCCCCCCCCCCCCCACCCCCCCCCCCCCCCCCCCCCCCCCCCCCCCCCCCCCCCCCCCCCCCCCCCCCCCCCCCCCCCCCCCCCCCCCCCCCCCCCCCCCCCCCCCCCCCCCCCCCCCCCCCCCCCCCCCCCCCCCCCCCCCCCCCCCCCCCCCCCCCCCCCCCCCCCCCCCCCCCCCCCCCCCCCCCCCCCCCCCCCCCCCCCCCCCCCCCCCCCCCCCCCCCCCCCCCCCCCCCCCCCCCCCCCCCCCCCCCCCCCCCCCCCCCCCCCCCCCCCCCCCCCCCCCCCCCCCCCCCCCCCCCCCCCCCCCCCCCCCCCCCCCCCCCCCCCCCCCCCCCCCCCCCCCCCCCCCCCCCCCCCCCCCCCCCCCCCCCCCCCCCCCCCCCCCCCCCCCCCCCCCCCCCCCCCCCCCCCCCCCCCACCCCCCCCCCCCCCCCCCCCCCCCCCCCCCCCCCCCCCCCCCCCCCCCCCCCCCCCCCCCCCCCCCCCCCCCCCCCCCCCCCCCCCCCCCCCCCC